CGGAGAGAUGAAUGUUUUCUAUGAAUGUUUUUUCCCCUAUCCUCCGUCUGGAAAAGCGCACGACGCGCAAAUCGAUGUCUUGGACGCACUGGGCAUGACACCCCUUGCCAUCACGAUGGGUCAUGAUCAGGGCGCUCCUGAGAUGGUCGAUUGGCUGUGCGGGCAGCUCGGGGUAGAGGGAUCAACAAGACUAUUCCGCGGCUACAUUCGACGACACUCAACGGAGCUGGGGUCGCGUUAUCUCAGGCGCAGAGGAGCACUGAACGCAUUCAACGCCAUGUCGGCUGACCGAGGAGGCGGCCGGAUACACACACGGACUCAUUUGAAGCCCCUCUCUCUACCUCUCAUUCCCUGUGUGUGUAUGUGUGAUGAUCAGUUGUGGCUGGUCGAGCAUCUCGAAGACAAGGGCAUUCUCUCAAUGGACCUUCUGGAACAGGAAGGCAGCAGCAUGCGCCAGAGUUCAGCCAGCGGAUCGUUGUGCUUCUUGCAGGUAAUCAGUCGGGUGGGCAAGGCUUGUUGGAGGACGAGCCUCUGCAAGGUAGAUACACGUACGGGCACUCAAAGGGCGAUGAAUCCCGUUGUGUGUAUCCCCCCACACGUCUGCCAACAGGGUGGGUGGCACCGGGCAAAACCGGGUCGUGGGCAGGGUGCACCCCACGUCCACACGCACAACGCCGGGUGAACCCUUUUUGUCGUUAAUGUAUGUCUGAUGCAGGCGGAUGGUCAGGAGCCGUGACGGGCUACGGGGCCAAGGCGGCGCCCUUCUCGGCAAGUCAGGUACAUAAGGUAUAUGCCAGCCUCGUGCAGCCAGGCAGGCAAGAUGGGAGGCAGAAAUGACCUGUUGUUAUCCUUCACGUGUCGUGUCGUCUGCAGUCGUGUCGGUGCAGUCGUCGUCGUCGUCGUCUGCUUAUCACUACAACAACCGCCACUUCAGAUCGCGCGACCUGCACCAGCGAGGUGACGUGACUGACACAGCGUCUGUCUGUGUUGCCUUUUUUCAGGCGGAUCCCCACACAGCCCCCUCUUUGUGGUGCCUGAGGACCAACUGACCGAUGGCAGCUCAGGACCCCCGGCAACAUCGUCAGUCAGGAAUGCUCCAAGGUCAGUCAGACCUAUCGAUACGAUACAUACGUGUGCACGGAAGGAUUCCUGACUGUGGCCGAUUGUGCGUGCCUCUCUCUUUCUCUGUCUGUCUGGCUGUCUGUCUGUCUGUCUUUUUUGUAGGUGCAUCGGGAGCCACAACAGUUGCUGGUGGGACGGAGGGCGCUCAAGUGGCGAGCCUCCUGGCGAGCCUACAAGUCAACCAACACGCGGUACAUAUAACGGAAAAAGGAAAGGGUGCUCUGCACACCAACGAGUGCCUAUAUGAAUCGUUUACCCGUGUGUGCCUUCAGCUCACCGACCUGUGGCGGCCUUCCGCUCACGACCAGGCAGGGGACCUCGAGGGAGUGGAGAUCAACCGUGAGGCGUACUCGCACCGCAUCGACACACUUCACACGGGUAUGUAAUUUGAACACGGCACAAGUCAUGACGUCGGACAAACCAACGAUGGGUGCUCUGCCGUGAUUCAGGUGGGGGGCUGCCCAUCGCCUCGGCCGUGUGUACCAGUCGCCGGGGCCUCGCCCGCAGCGCCCCACUACCCCGCCCUACCACCGGCAGGCGGCCCGCAACGCCCCCAAAAUCAAUGGGACCGCAUCCACGAACACACACACACAGAGACAGACAGACAGACAGAGACUCACGCACACGUGUUGCAAGGUCCAAGGGGGAACCCUUUUUGUUGGCCAAGUCCGUCAUCGAGAGUCAGUAACACAAAGGGCACACGGACGCAUUUGAGCCGCCUCUGUGAGAGUGUAUGUGUUUGAGGGUAUCUGUGUUUGUUUCUCUGGUGCAUCCAGGUGAGUUGCGAGGUCACAAGGGCCACUUCGUGAAGGUGCUGUUACGAUGCCGUGAGAUUGACGGAGAGAUCAAGGACAUCAGCCGCGUGAUGGCCAGCGAGUCAAUCUUCCUCCACGGCCCCUGCAAGAGUUCAGUCAGCGGAUCGCCACGGCGCACAUUCGUGAGCGAGCGAGCGACUACACAGGCGAAAGGCAUCAAGAGAGAGAUGGCGCUGUGUGUCAUCCAUCCAUCCAUCCAUCAUUGUUGUGUUGUGUUGCGUUUCGUGCAGGCAGUCAGUUGGUUGGCAGGGCCUUUGGGAGGACAACCCUCCGCAAGGUACGUACGUGCGUACGGGCACUGAGGGCGAUGCAUUGAAUCCCGUUGUGUGUGUGGGGACACCCCACUGCCUGCCUGCCUGCCUGCCAACAGGGUGCAUGCAUACCCCCUCUCUGCAAUUUUCGACAAAGCAGCUUUGUCGAGCGUCAUUCUCUGCGUGGAGGUCAGAGUCAACGCCGAGAAAAAGCCCAGAGAUCUGUCUUGCGAACGAGUUGCACUGCCGACUUCACGAGUGGGCUUCAUGGGCGCCUCCGAGGGCGAUGGGAGCUGGGAUGGGACAGACGGGGUCGGCGAGGUCGCGGGAGGGCCGCCGCACCAUGAUAAUGGCGUGGGUGAGGGCGAGGCGUCGUUAUACUACCAAAUAGAGGUGAAUAUAUGCCAUCCAUCGGAUGGAUGGAUUUGGGAUGCAUGCAUUGCAUCACGUGCCUUGCCUCCCAAAUCCAUGCGCAGAGUUACGAGGAUUUCGACGACAUGUUGGCUGGCGCGGGAUUCAGAUACGUCAACAAUGCUGGCGAGGGCGGGUGAGCUACCGAAUGAGAUGAGGGGAUGGAUGGAGCUUCUCUCUUGCAUACAUUCGCGUGUGCAUGUUUGCAUCAUUCUCGUCUCGUCUCUCUCUCUCUCUGUGUGCGUCUGUGUGUGUGCAGCAAUGGCUCGGUGUUUCGCGUAGCAAAUACCUGGCUGAGGAACAGGUAUAGGGCGCUCAAGGCCCUCCCACGUGAGAUAUUCUGGUGAGUGACUCACUCGGUGUGCACACACUCACUUACGCUGUUCUCAUGUGGAUGGAUGACCUCUGUCUAUCUCUCUCUCUCUCUGUCUGUCUAUGUGUGUGUGCCAUCCGUCCGUCUAUUAGGUACCCCGCCUACGACAAGAUCAAGACGCUGCAGCACGUGGUCAGAUGAGAGUGGAGAAUCGUUUGGCUGACGUGGUCAGCCAGGUCGAGACGACUUUUGGCCUGUUCGGCAGGUUCGUGGACGUCUCUGUGACAGAUGAUGCCUGCAUAGUCAAGAAGGUGCCGCACAUAGAGGUAAGAGGCCUCACACGGGAACAUGUGUACGCAGCGCUCUGUCGAUCCAAUAGCUGUCGAUCUGUGUGUGUGUGUGUGUGUGUGUGCAGGGCAAGAUGCAGACGGCCUUUGUGCAGGCCACAGCCAAAGAGGUCCCGCCUGUGGUGUCGGAGCUGCUGGAGGCGAACAAGGACUCACUCAAGAAGAUUACCCUGCACAUCAACUACUGCUCACGGACAUCGGAUGCCGGGCCCAUCGUGUUCUCCAAAGUCACACACGUGGACGUCCGUAGCCCAGCAGGUCGUGACUACAUCAGGUAUAUAACGAGAGGAGUCAGAGAUGACGCGACCGCGCAGUCAUUCUUGUCAUGGGUCGACGUCUGACUGUCUGCAGUGCUCGUCGAUGGAUGUUCCCGGCAAUCACCACACUCCGAGUCGGCUGCAUCAUCAGUAUGGAUGCCGCUUCCUUGGUGCGUCUGCUCCGCGAAUCGCCCAAGAUCGAGCGGCUGCAGGCCGACUGCAUCGAACUCGACGAUGACCAGUGGGCGAACUUCCUCGGUGCCCUCGGCCGCUGCCCCAACCUCACCCACGUCGCCGGCAUCGAAAUCAACAUCCGCUGCCAGUUCGAACGUCUCUAUCAGCUUAGGGGCACCCUCAGCCAACACUGGAGCAGAGCGGACGAGAAAGGUACGGGACGCCAGGGCGGUGAGUGA